UCUUGGCACACAUCUCAUAUAUACAUCCCUUAAAAAUAGUGAGGUCAACUCAACCAAAAUAACAAUGGUUUCCGAAUUGAACUUGUCCAAGAAUGUGUGCGUGAUCGGAGCCGGACCGGCUGGUCUAGUCGCAGCCCGGGAGCUGAGGAGGGAGGGCCAUGAAGUGGUGGUCAUUGAACAAAAGCAUGAUGUUGGAGGGCAAUGGCUCUAUGACUCUAAAGUGGAGGAAGAAAACCCUCUAGGCCGAACCCGGUUCUUGAAGGUCCACAGCAGCGUUUACGCCUCGUUGAGGCUGAUCUCGCCUCGUGAAAUCAUGGGGUUCACUGAUUUUCCAUUUCGAGGCAAGAAGGGUAGGGACAUGAGGAGGUUUCCUGGCCAUAAAGAGCUUCUUCUCUACUUGCAAGAUUUCUGUGACUCCUUCGGGUUGAGGGAGCAUAUCCGGUUCAAUACUCAGGUUGAGAAUGUGGAGAUGCUUGACUUCCCUGUUCUUGACAAGGAGCAUUUGAAGUGGGUGGUGAAAAGCAAGGCAGAGAACGAGAAGGAGGUGGAGGAAGUCUAUGACGCGGUGGUUGUAGCCACCGGGCAUUACUCCCACCCUCGGUUGCCUUCAAUCAAAGGAAUGGAUGCAUGGAAGAGAAAACAGAUGCAUAGCCACAUUUACAGAGUUCCACAUCCAUUCAAGAAUGAGGUAGUUGUGGUUGUUGGGAGUUCUUUGAGUGGACAAGACAUCUCAAUGGAGCUUGUCAAUGUGGCAAAGGAGAUCUACCUAAGUUCUAAAUCCCCUGAUGUUUCUCAAGGCCUAUCAAAAGUCAUUGCUAAACAUGAUAAUCUAAACCUCAAACCACAGAUAGAGUCCCUACACGAGGACGGGAAGGUCCUAUUCCGUGAUGGCUCGUGGAUCAUAGCCGACACCAUCAUAUACUGUACCGGGUACUCAUAUUCAUUCCCAUUUCUUGAUACUAAAGGAAUAGUGAGGAUAGAUGAUGACAGAGUGGGACCCCUCUAUGAGCAUACCUUCCCUCCUUCACUAGCACCUUCUCUAUCUUUUAUUGGCAUCCCAAGAAAGAUCAUAGGGUUUCCUUUCUUUGAAUCCCAAGCAAUAUGGAUUGCUCAACUCUUGUCUGGAAAACGGAGUUUGCCAUCGUGGGAAGCUAUGAUGCAAUAA